AACUUUUACUAAAAUAAAUAAUGUGCAAAGUAAUGAAGUUCUUGAGUGCAGAUAAAACAAUGGUGGAUGUGGCUCGGCACACAUAGCACAGUGGUUACGGCACCGGCCACAUGCACUGAGGCUGGUGGGUUCGAACCUGGCCCCAGCCGGCUAAGCAACAAUAACAACUGCAACAACAACGACAAAAAUAGCUGGGCAUUGUGGCAGGUGCCUGUGGUCCCAGCUACUUGGGAAGCUGAGGUAAGAGAAUCGCGUAAGCCCAAGAGUUUGAGGUUGUUGUGAGUUGUGACGCCAUGGCAUUCUACUGAGGGUGAUAAAGUGAGACUCUGUCUCAAAAAAAAAAUUGGUGGAUGAGGAAGGCUUUUUAUUGGUGGUGACAGCAUUUGCGCUAGGUGGGAAAGCUGGGGCAUUAAGGCAUGUGGAAAGGAUGUUGGACUGAGAAGGGGUUCAAGAGCAGGGGUCUGUGCAUACUGCUCUCUGGGGCAGGAAUCCACUGGCAGCUGCGUUAGCCACCAAACCCCACCACCACCACCACUGCUUAGAGUACAGAGAGAAGAGUAGCGUGCACUCUUAAGUGGGCCCUGGUGACAGGGGCUUUGAAUGCCAGGAUGAGGACUCUCCUCUUGUUCCUCUGUGUCCUGGGGAGGCAGCAAAGGGUUUUAAGCAGAAGAGAGGCAUGAGUACAGCCAGGGGGAGGAAAAUGAAUCUGGCAGCGUGGGGCGGGUAAAUUGGUGGGGGAGAGACUGGGGGUGGAGAGGCCAUUUAAAAGGCUGUUGCAAAAUCGGUUUUCCUGAUAAAGAGCUGGGCUGAGUCAUCUGUGGAGGAGAAAAGUCAUAUCCAGCUCCUCUGUGUUGCUGUAGAUGUGGGAUUUUCCUGUCUUCAUCAGCCAGGCAAUUGGCUGCUUUUCCCGAGGCUUUAAGAACCGAGGCCUGCAGGCCGGUGAGCACCUGGGGGAAGCUGGGCUGCAGGGAGGACCCAGCUGGAGUGAGUAAGCAUUGGGCAGGAGCACUAGCUUCACCGAGAAGGAUCUGAAGGAGGCCAAAGCACGGAGCCAGCAGAUUGCAGCCCAGCUGACCACCCCUCCCAGCUCUAAUUCCCGUGGUGUCCAGCUCUUCAACAGGCGCCGGCAGAGAGUAAACGAGUUCACCUUGGAGAGCCACGGCCAGAGGGGACUGAAGCCCAGCCAGGAGUCUCUCAGAGUGCUCCCUGCAAGCCCCACAGGCCAUGCCCCGCGGCUCGGCCUGAGUCACAUCUCACUGCCUGAGCCAGGCUCUCCAAGGCACCCCAAUUCCCAGAGCCCCAGCAAAGGGGAUCCUGGCCACAGCAUGGAAGGCUACUCCGAGGAGGCCAGCUUGCUGCGGCAUCUGGAGAGGGUGGCCAGUGAGGAGGAGGAGGUACCACUGGUGGUUUAUCUGAAGGAAAAUGCAGCCCUGCUGACGGCCAAUGGGCUCCACCUGUCCCAGAACCGUGAGGCCCCGAAGUCCCCACCAACCCCACCACCAGCCGAGGUCCACAGCCCAGCUACAGAUGUCAACCAAAACCUCUCCUUGCCCAAUGCCACACUCACCACAACAGCUUCUAACAGCAACCACAACCCCCUAGCCACUGAUGUCAAUCAGAACCCACCAGCAACUGUUACCCCGCAGACUCUGCCUCUUGCUAGCGUCCAACAGAAUUCCUCAGAAGCCUAUCUCUCACCGAAUGGCACAGUGCCAGAUCCCAAACCCAGCACCCUGUGUGUCGAGGGGCAAGCCCAGGGGCCAGCAACAGAUAUGAGAUCCAGUGCACUCCUAAUUGACAAGGUAUCAACUCCACCUACCACCACCAGUACCUUCUGCAGCGAAGCUACUCUCAUUCCCAGCUCUGGGCCCCCAGCCCCAGAAUUCAUGUCUAGUUCCCUACUCAUCGACGUCCAGCCUCGUGACCUAGUGGUGUCACCAGAACAAGAGAUGUCUGGAUGGGCAAACACCACUACGCCUACCAAGGUGCACAGUGAAGUUCACUUCACACUGGCCAAGCCCCCCUCAGUGGUCAAUAGGACGGCCAGGCCUUUUGGGAUCCAGGCACCAGGGAGCACCAGCCAGAUGGAACGGAGCCCCAUGGUAGAGAGACGACACCUUGGAGAGAAGGCCUCAGGUCCCCACCCCUGCAAUGUGGCAGACAGGAGCCCCCGGCCACAGAGACAUGUAAUGUCCCACAGCCCCAUGGUGGAAAGGAGGCUAGUGGGGCAGCGCAGCCCAGCCUUGGAAAGACACCCUGUGGGGAACUUCACCCCACCCCCCACCUAUGCUGAGACCUUGUCCACAGCUCCUUUGGCUUCCAGGGUUAGGUCCCCCCCAUCUUAUUCUGCCCUAUAUCCCAGCUCUGAUGCAAAGUCUUCUCAUCUGAAGGGCCAGGGAGUUCCCACCAGCAAGACGGGCAUUCUAGAGGAGUCAAUGGCCCGCCGGGGCAGCCGGAAAUCCAUGUUCACCUUCGUGGAGAAGCCCAAGGUGACCCCAAACCCAGACCUGCUGGAUCUGGUGCAGACGGCGGAUGAGAAGCGAAGGCAGAGGGACCAUGGGGAGGCAGGCGUGGAGGAGGAGCCCUUCGCGCUGGGGGCUGAGGCCUCCAACUUCCAGCAGGAGCCAGCACCUCGGGACAGGGCCAGCCCUGCAGCAGCUGAGGAGGCCAUCCCAGAGUGGGCCUCCUGCCUCAAGUCACCCCGCAUCCAGGCAAAGCCGAAGCCCAAACCCAACCAGAAUCUCUCCGAGGCCUCCGGGAAGGGGGCUGAGCUUUAUGCCCGCCGCCAGUCACGGAUGGAGAAAUAUGUCAUCGAGUCAUCAAGUCACACGGAGCAGGCCCGCUGCCCUUCCCCCACUAUGUCCCUGCCUUCCUCCUGGAAAUACUCCACUAAUGCCCCUGGGGGCUUCCGAGUGGCAUCCCGAAGCCCAGCCCGGACCCCACCAGCCUCUCUUUACCAUGGCUACCUGCCUGAGAAUGGGGUCCUGCGCCCAGAGCCCACCAAGCAGCAGCAGCCAUACCAGCUGCGGCCCUCACUCUUUGUCCUCUCACCCAUCAAGGAGCCUGCCAAGGCCUCGCCCAGAGCUGCCUCACCCAGAGCUGCCUCACCCAGGGCUGCCUCACCCAGAGCCGCCUCACCUGCCAAGCCAAGCUCCCUGGACCUGGCGCCCAGCCUGCCCAAGGCGGGUCUCCCUCUGUCUCCUGCCCUGCCUCGGGCCUCCCGCUCCUCACUGGGCCUCUGCACCUCACCUGGCCAGGAUGGCCUCCAGCCCACUGCCGUGAACCCUCCCUACAGCAGUGAUAUCUCCCCGGUGUCUCCCUCCAGGGCGUGGUCUCCCAGAGCCAAGCAGGCCCCUAGGCCCUCCUUCUCCACCAGGAACGCCGGGAUUGAGGCUCAGGACCGCCGGGAGAGUCUGCCCACCUCCCCGCCCUGGACGCCGGGCGCGUCCCGGCCUCCCAGCAGCCUGGACGGCUGGGUGAGCCCCGGGCCGUGGGAGACCGGCCGCGGAAGCAGCAUGAGCAGUCCCCCGCCGCUGCCGCCGCCGCCUCCCAUGUCCCCAUCGUGGAGCGAGCGCUCCGUGUCCCCGCUACGACCCGAGAUCGAGGCGCGGGCCCCCAGCCGCCAGCUACAGGCGCUCCUGGCACGAAACAUCAUCAACGCUGCCCGACGCAAGAGCGCCUCCCCGCGGCCAGCGGCCUCCGAGAGCCUGCGGUCCUUCUCCCCGCCGACCGCGCCACGGCCGCCGCCGCCACCGCGCAUGCGCUCGCCACAGCCCGCCCGCCCCGGCCCUGCCUCGGCGCCUGGGGCAGCUUUCUCCCCAAUCCCACGAAGCCCGCUGCCCGCCGGGCCUUCGUCCUGCGCCAGUCCCCGGAGCCCGCUGCCCGUGCCGCCCAGGCCCUUGCUCUACCGCCACUCGCCCACGGACUCCGACGUGUCCCUCGAUUCCGAGGACUCCGGGGCUAAGUCGCCCGGCAUCCUCGGCUACAAUAUCUGCCCCCGCGGGUGGAACGGCAGCCUGCGGCUCAAGCGGGGCAGCCUCCCCGCGGAAGCCUCCUGCACCACCUAAACCCCAUCCCCAUGCCCAUCCCCAUCGCUGCAAGGCUGAGCUGGAAGAAAAGUCAUCAGGCUUGAGGAGCCCACAGGGUCUGACCUGUUUGGAUAAGGGAUUGGUGGGGCGGGGAGAGAAACCCUGGGCUUGGGGA